GUAUAUAAAUACGGUGUAUGUGGUUGUGUGUACAUACAUAUGAUGCUAAGCAAAAACAACAAGUCGAUAGCAUAGUUUUACGUGUUGAAUAUCAAAGUGCAAUAACAAUUUACCGCAUACGCAACGUAUAAUAUCACCUACCGUACCCGUACUUUAUACAGAGCGAGCGCGAGCGUUCUCUAUUUUCAUUUUUUUGCAUUUUUUCUUUUUUUGUGCGGCUGCUUUGUAGUGCUUACAAUUUUCGAUACAAUUAGCGCAACCACAACGAGAACACGCCGCAAAACUUCAACCCCAACCCUGCAGAAGGCCAAGAGACGCGCUCUAACUAUAAAAUAAUAACAACAACAAGAGUAUACAAAAACAAGAGCAAGAUAAAACAAAAUCCAAACCGCAACCGAAAGGCCAGCAUAAUAUUAAAAAGGUGCAAAAGUAUAUACAUACAUUAAUAGGUACAUAACUACAUGUACGUAGUACAUGUUAAAUAAUAGACGGACGGUUCUCAUCGCAUAAUUAUUAACAGCAGCCCGUCGUGGUCGUGCCAAUAAAAACAACAGCAACCAAAACGAACAACUGCAGCAAUCACACACAUUGCCAUUGCCAGGUGAAAGAAAAAGGCGCCGAAUGUGUAAAAAAUAAAAGCGCGCGCGGCAUUGUCUUAAAUUUUUAAUUUAUUCUUUUAUAAUUUGGCCAAACUAAACGGUUGUUAGCAACAGUUUAACAAGCAUAGCUUAGUCACAGUCGCUAAUAUCGAUUUUGUGCCUUCUGUGUGUUUGUCCGUUAUCAAAGCUCCAAAAGCCAACCGUCGCCGCCAGCCAAGAACAACCAACCAACCAGCGCCUGACAGCCGGCUUUGUUGUUGGAGCGCCGAAAAGAUUGCGAUCACUUUUUGCGACUGUGUGUUUGCGACUGUAUGUGUAUUUUAAAAAUACACAUGUGUGUGUGAGUUUAGCUCUUUAAAACAAAUACAAAUCAAAAUCGCAACGGUCGGUGUCGCUAUCGGUGUGUUUCGUCGCAGUAUUAUUAUUAUUAUUUUUUUUUUCAAUAGUCGUUACCGGUAUAGGGCGAACUUCAUAUAAUUGCGAAACAAUAUCAAAUAGAGCUGUUCAGCGCCGCUGCUUUUUGUUGCAUUGGUAAGAAGAAAACUUCUUACCAAUGAUUUCGGUGUUGCAAAUGAAAUUUCAUGCGUUGCUGGUGCUGCUCUCAAAAGUUUGGACAUGCAUCUGUUUCAUGUUCAAUCGCCAAGUGCGAGCUUUUAUCCAGUAUCAGCCGGUUAAAUAUGAACUAUCUCCACUGUCGCCGGUCUCGCGGCAUCGCCUAAGCCUGGUGCCACGUAAAACGCUGGUGCUCGAUCUCGACGAGACGCUCAUACAUUCACAUCACAAUGCGAUGCCCAGGAAUACAGUGAAACCUGGUACGCCGCACGAUUUCACUGUAAAAGUGACAAUCGAUCGACAUCCUGUGCGAUUUUUUGUCCACAAAAGGCCGCAUGUCGAUUACUUUCUGAAUGUGGUAUCACAGUGGUACGAUCUGGUUGUGUUUACCGCUAGUAUGGAGAUCUAUGGAGCAGCGGUUGCCGACAAACUGGACAACGGCCGCAACAUACUGCGGCGCCGCUAUUAUCGGCAACAUUGUACGCCCGAUUACGGAUCGUAUACCAAAGACUUGUCUGCCAUAUGCAGUGAUUUGAAUAGAAUAUUUAUAAUUGACAAUUCGCCCGGUGCAUAUCGUUGUUUUCCCAAUAAUGCAAUACCCAUCAAAAGCUGGUUCUCCGAUCCGAUGGACACAGCUCUGUUAUCGCUUCUGCCUAUGCUGGACGCACUACGUUUCACGAACGAUGUGCGCUCGGUGUUAUCCCGAAACCUGCACUUGCAUCGUUUAUGGUAGCAGGUUCGUCGCCUCCGUAUCCGCACCGUAUCGGUAUGCUCGCCAGAUGCUUGGACGGGUGCGGUUCCAUUUAUCGUAUCUAUUAUCGUAUAUUUGUCGUAAUGGGCGAAUGCGUUUUCAACUUACAGUUUACAAAUUGAAACUGCUACUGCAACAACAACAACAAACCACAACAACUACAACAACAACAAACAAACAAACAACAAAAAUGCUGGUGCUGUGACACAUAAACGAAUUUUUUCUUUAUCACCUUAAAUCUAUUCUUAUUACGUUUAGUGCAUAAAAAUGUUGUAAUUAUAUUUUCAAUUCGCUAUUAAUAUAAAUAUAUAUGUAUGUGUAUAUUUAUCUAUUUUUUUUUUUUAAAUUAAAUAUAUUAAUUAUUAUUAUGAUACUUUUUGUACGCCUUUUUCCGAUUAGUUGUUGUGUACGUUUUAGGGAUUCUAUAUGAAUUAUACAUAUAUAGAUAUGCGAUUAAGUCGAGAGUAUGUUAGAAGGUUUUCUGCAAGUUUUCGCAUAAGUAAGAGCCAGUCUUAAAGAGAAAAGCAAAACAAUUAGCUGACAAGUUAUAUCAUCUAUAUAGAAAUAUAGUUUACAAUUAAGAUAUUGAAUCAUUAAUACAUAUGUAUAAAUAUAUAUGUAUAUAUAUAUACAUAUAUAAAUAUAUGUAUAUUUAUAUACGCUAAUGUCUAAGCAUAGUUUGUUGUAAUAUUACUUUAAAUUUACUCUGUUUUCACCAUUAUGCAUAUUUAUAUAGCUAUAGAGUUAUUAAACAAUUGAUUUGAACCGUUUUGCAAACAUCAGAAAGUAGGAGAGACAAUGAAACGCUUUUUCAGCCAACUAUUAGUAAAAUAUAGACAGCUAUCAACCUUAAUGAAUUGUAUAUUUUGUAAAAAGAAAAACUUAACAUUGGACACUAAAAUCAAAUCUGUAUGUUUAUUAUAAUUUAUUAAUGUUUUUUAACUUUUUCAAUUUUGCGUUGUUGAAGAAGCGUUCAACUAAAUAGUCAACCAUUUCUAAAACACAUUCAUUUACACUUACCUUUAUUUAAAUUCAAAUCUAUUUGUUUAAGUCCGUCCUGCAUGCAGGAGGAGGAGUGAAACCCGUACAUAUGUAUUUAAAUUUAUAAGCUGGCAUUAAAUGUAACAAAAACCACAAAAAACUAUUUAAACCAAACAAAACAAAAAAAAAAAAAACUUAAAAAGGGGUAUAUUUGAUUUAUAAGUAAAGCCAAUCAGACCGAAAACUGCGGCUGAGCCGCAGCAAUUAAUUCAUAAUUUAACAAUUCUUGACACACACAUCUGUAUCUUAAUAAAAGCAAAUAAAUCAAUAAAUAGAUGUGUGUAAAUGCCGCCGUUCCUAGAAAAUACAAACUUCUAUUCACACAUACACAAACGUACAUCAUCACACAAAGAAAAUUGGCAGCAAUCCUAAUGACUAUUGUGUAUGAUUUUGUAAACUAUUAUUAUUAUUAUUAUUACUAUUGUAAUUAUAAUUAUUGCGAGUUAAACGAAAACUGCUUCCAUAGUUAGUUAUUCAAAUGCUUAUCAAAAAUUAUGAACAACAACAAUCAUGUCUUUAGCCCAAGCUCACGCCAACUAAUUUAUUUAUAUUGUAUUUUUAUAAAACAAAAACAAGAAACAUGAAACAAACAACGUAAAAGAAUGAAACUACUUGUUUAAUUAUACAUAUAUAUACUAAUUUGUUUGUUGUUUGUGUGCGAUGUUGUUAAUCUUAAGUAGUCUGUAGCUUAAAGAAAAUUUGUUGAGACAUCAUAGCACGUAAAAAACAAUAACUUCACAUUGCAAAUAAAUCCAUACAAAUACUUAAUAAAAUCAAAGAAACAAAACAAGCAAAAUAAAGCAGUAACAACAAUCAAGCAUGCUACAUACAAAUAAAUAGGCGCAAAUGCAACACGUAUGUACUUUAAGACACAAUUUACCAAAAGAUUUAAUGGAAAUUAAUUAAUGAGGAGAGAGGAAUCUAUCAAUCAAGCAUGUAAAAUAUACAUAUGCAUAUAAUAGUAUAUAUGUACAUGUUGUUGUUGUUGACUGUGUGAGAAGCAAAAAACAAUUUGCUACAUGUGUAGAAAGAAACGAGCAAGCAACAAAUUUGUAUUUAAAUG